AGAUUAACUUUCUCUUCCAAAUUUCCAUUCCCUCUCCAAUUUCUAUUCCCUUUUUUUGUUACAAUUUCUCCGGCGACUCUUCGGCGUCGUAUGGCUGCCGUCCGUUUAUCUUCCUAUAAUAAAGUUAACAAUUACACAAUUUGACAUCUCUAAAGUUUAGUUGCCUUUGUAAUGAAAUAAGUCAUACUCCAUUUUUUAUGCAUGCAUUUUGUUUGAUUAUAAUGUGCAAGUAAUUCAUUUUCUGAAUUCAUACUUAUUUGGCCACAUUUUUACUUCUUUACUUUGGGGAUAAUUAUGCAUAUCGUUAGCUUGUGAUAAUCUGUUAUAUUGAAAGUUAUUAGGACUAAAGAUUGCUUUAUUAUGUAUCAGAAAAAGGAAUCUCUAAGGUUGCUGUUAACAUUAGAUCGUGAAAAGAUUAGAGUUGUUUACUUCCAGCAACUAAUGUGUUUACACAAAACGAAUGAAUGCAAUAUGUCUUUUAUACACACAUUUUGCACUUAAUCAUGGUUAAGUGAUAUAUAUUCCACAUUUAUCUAUAACUGCUAAAUUUGGCAUAAACACCGAGUUUAGACCUAUAUUUACUUAUCCUGUUGGUGUCGUCUUAUUCCAUCAAAUGAUCUCUCUUCUGUUUUUACUCAUGUCGUACUAAUUGUUGUUGUCAUAGUUGUGGCUAUUUUCUGUAAUGAUUCCAAGAUUUUCUAUCCUAUUACGGUCAACAGCUACUACGCCUCAAUCCAAUACAUCAUAUUACCAAGACUUAGAAGAGUAAAAUUCUCGGUGACAGAAAUUUCCUUUUACUCUUCAAAGAAUAAUCUCCUACUUUGCGCUGAGGAACUUGUUGGAUGCAUGGGAUGGCUGUUUUAGGUUGCCAAUUGGAUUGAAAUCAGAUUUACUUCAAUGUACAUAUCAUUUCAUUAACAUGGUUGGAUAUUUGUAGUAUAGGCAGGAGAGUUAGUACAUGGUUGGAUAUUUGUAGUAUAGGCAGGAGAGUUAGUUUGCUAAAUGAGAUGAGGAAAUUCCUCCGGCCAAUAAUUGUUGUUCUGUUGUUCAGAGUUAACUGGAGGAAACUGUUUGUUAUAGGCACUAUUUUAACAGUGUUCAGGGUCAUUUUUCAAAUUUCCACACUCCCUAAUCCUUUCACUGAAUGGGUUGUAUCUCCACCCUUGGAUGUUUCAUCUUACCAACACUUCAAUCGUGGAAAAAAUUCGAGGGAACUUUCGGUGACAUCAGAUAACCAGUUGAAAAUGAGUAGGCAUUUGCCCACAGUUGUUUCACUCCAAUCUACAGCCACAACAAACCGAUCAAAGCGAGUUCUGGAAAGACGAGAAAGACUUCUUAGGCGUAGGAGACACAGGAAGCAUGCACGCGUAGUAGAAAAGAUUAUUUAUCCACCUCCACCUGUUGUGCCCGAUCACUUGCAGAGAUUUAUAGCUUCUUUGACACCAAAUGAGGCACUUGCAUAUGCUAAAAGCGAGAUUGAGAAAGCUCCUCUGGUCACCAAUGAUACAGACUUAUAUGCUCCGCUGUUUAAGAAUAUUUCCAUCUUUAAGAGGAGUUACGAGUUGAUGGAACUUUUACUCAAAGUUUACAUUUACAAAGAAGGAGAGAGACCUAUUUUCCACGAACCUCAUCUUAUGGGAAUUUAUUCAUCUGAAGGAUGGUUCAUGAAGUUGAUGGAGGAAAGCCGCUACUUUGUCACCAGGGACCCAGAAAAGGCUCACCUAUUCUAUCUGCCAUAUAGUGCACGUCAGUUGCAGCUGGCACUUUACAUACCUAACUCACACAAUCUUAAGCCGCUGUCAGUAUUCCUGCGCGACUAUGUUAAUAUGCUAGCUGCAAAGUACCCGUUCUGGAAUCGCACACAUGGAACAGAUCAUUUUCUAGUUGCUUGCCAUGAUUGGGGGCCUUACAUUUUAAAAGAACAUGAGGAGCUAAUUAGAAACACUAUUAAAGCUCUCUGCAAUGCAGAUAUAUCUGAAGGAAUAUUUAAAGCUGGGAAAGAUGUUUCCCUCCCAGAGACCGCCAUUAGGAACGUUCAGAAGCCACUUAGAAAUCUUGGUGGAAAAAGAGUGUCACAACGCCCAAUUCUUGCCUUCUUUGCUGGAAAUAUGCACGGUCCAGUCCGUCCCAAACUUCUCCAGUACUGGAGCGACAGAGAUGAAGACAUGAGGAUUUACGGGCCUCUACCCAAUAGAGUCUCAAGAAUUAUGUCUUAUCCUGAACACAUGAAAUCAAGCAAGUACUGCCUUUGUCCAAUGGGCUUUGAAGUGAACAGCCCAAGGAUCGUCGAGGCAAUAUACUACGAGUGUGUGCCAGUGAUCAUUGCUGAUAAUCUAGCCCUCCCAUUUGACGAAGUGCUCGAUUGGAGUGCUUUUUCUGUGGUUGUUGCUGAGAAAGAUAUUCCUAAACUGAAGGAGAUUUUGUUAAGUAUACCUCUAAGACAGUAUUUGGUCAUGCAAAAUAAUGUCAAAAGGCUGCAGAAGCAUUUCCAUUGGAACUCAAUACCUACUAGAUAUGAUCUGUUCCACAUGAUUUUGCAUUCCAUUUGGACUAGCAGGCUCAACCAGCUUCAAGUAUCACAGAUAUCAUAAUCCCUCUCGAGUUCAGACUGCUCUCAACUUGCCCGUCUGCUCGAUUGAACAUCAACAUGAACCAUAAGGGCUCUUUUUGACAUUUAUAGGCCGAUAUUUCAAGAAUUGCUGGUGACUAAUUCUCUUCACUUGUACACUCUUGAAAUGAUAUGAGAGGUUUCACCGAUUGGUUAUUCCUGUCCGUUCGUAUCUCUUUUUCCAACUGCAGACUCUGCUGCGAUUCAGGUAGUACUCAAUAGUGGUGCAAGGAUUACAGGUCCCAAGUUGCACAUGCACAUUACAGCCGGAGGAGGAAAGAUAUCGCAGUUAAGACUUUGUCUCAUGUCAUCAGCAUUUUCACACAUUUUCCCUAUUUUCACAGUUCCUGAGCCGAGGGUCUACCGGAAAUAACCUCUCUAUCCUCAUACGUCAGGAGUAAGCUCUGCGUACACUCUACCCUCCUCAGACCCCACUUGUGGAAUUUCACUGGAUUUAUUGUUGUUGUUCCCUAUUUUCAUAAGGUUUCCGCUGAAGUUGAAUUUUCUUCGGUAUAAACCAGGUUAUCCGUAGAUGAUCCUUGAUUUUAUUUUCCAGAAGAUACUCUUAGAAAUGAGCAGGGAGUUCAUUCUCAUAGAAUUCUAAAGUUAUAGUAGUAUAUAUAGAAAAGGAAUUUACAUUUUUGAAUAAUGCUCUAAUGUCCGACACAGUAAGACUGGAGAAUAUUCAUCUAGUUGGUAAUUGUAUUGAAUACAAUGUAGAAUAUUCAAGUAUACCAGGGAGAGAAAUUCCCAUCUACUUUUCUGCUGUGAAUAUAUG